GCUGACACCCAGAUGCAGCACCCGGGCAGGGUCUCCUUCAGGUUCAUCAAUAAGCUGCAGUUGAACGACUCGGUCUGCUAUGUGAAAGCUGCUUUUCCUCUGCUGGACAAGAUCCUGGAGCGAACGGUGUUCAAGGAGAACUCCCCCAACGCCAAAAAGAUGCAGAUGGUGCGCAGGAUGUACAGCCGCAUCGACGAGAACAUCGACCCCUGCAUCAAGGAGGAAGACGAGGAGGAGAGAAAGCUCUCGCAGGAGUGCUUCGAGGAGUUCACCACCUCGCCCCACGAGAUGCUGGUGCUGGUGAAGCAGUUCUUCCAGGACAUCAAACAGCUGCUGCAGAGCCAGGAGACCUUCGAGAAAGACUGCAGCCACAUCUACCGCAGGACCUGCUUGGGGCCCAAGAAGGCUGGACCCUCACCAGGUGUGGGGACAGAUCCUGACUGCAAUUGCCUGUCCCCUGCCCUCCCUUCUGCCACCCAGCCCUCCCUCUCCACUGCCACCCAUCCUGGGGCUGCCCCCACUAGCCCCCAGGCCCCUUACGGCCUCCUCCCUGCCACCCUCGCUGACUUAGACGCCCCAUCUCAGCCCCUCGGUAGCACGGACGGCGGCUCGGGGACCGAGGAGGUCCUGGGUGCCGGGGUAGGUGACACAGCGUCGGUGCUAUCCCCCGUGAUGCAACAGACGGCUCCAAGCAACAGCGCCGAAGCUCUCCUGGAUGCAUCCAGGACCAUUAGCCUGGCAGCGGUGGACGUCCCCAUCCUGCGCGGGGACGGAGAGCUGGCGGAGGGGGACACCGAA